CGCAGGCGCAGUGCACGUUUCACCGGCAGUGUCAAGAUGGUGGCAGUCAGAAUGCAGUUUACACUUUAUUUGGUGUUGUUGUUAAACAUUUACAACAGUUUUGUGUCCGCGUUGUAUUUUCACAUCGGCGAGACUGAAAAGAAAUGCUUCAUAGAAGAAAUACCGGACGAAACCAUGAUAAUAGGUAACUACCGAACACAGCUGUAUGACAAGCAGAAAGAAGAGUAUUUGCCUGCAACUCAGGGGCUUGGGAUGUUUGUGGAAGUGAAAGAUCCUGAUGAGAAGGUGAUCCUGUCGCGCCAGUAUGGAUCUGAGGGCAGGUUUAUCUUCACCUCCCACACGCCUGGAGAGCAUCAAAUCUGCUUGCACUCAAAUUCCUCCAAAUUCGCUCUGUUUGCUGGAGGGAUGCUUCGUGUUCACUUGGACAUCCAAGUUGGUGAGCAUACAAACAACUAUGCAGAAAUCGCUGCCAAAGACAAGCUGACGGAGUUGCAGCUGAGGGUGCGACAGCUGAUGGAGCAGGUGGACCAGAUCCAGAAAGAGCAGAACUAUCAGAGGUAUCGCGAGGAGCGCUUCAGACAGACCAGCGAGAGCACCAAUCAGCGGGUCCUGUGGUGGUCUAUCGUCCAGACGCUCAUCCUGGUGGCCAUUGGGUUUUGGCAAAUGAGACAUCUGAAGAGCUUCUUUGAGGCCAAGAAAUUAGUAUAGAUCUGUAUUUGGAUUUUUUUUAAAGUUGUGAUGAUUGUCAGUUGAUAGCGUGUACGCAACAUUUUGAAGACUGCCUGCUUCAUAUGUGGUCAAGACUGCUGAAAAGUCAACAUGCUCUCAGUUCAGUUCCCUCCCUAAAUUGCCCUCUUUUAUCCCGCAUUGAGAUUCGUUUUACACUGCUCGUUUCAGUGCCACGCCCCAUGUAAUGUGAACCUAGUUUCUGUUCAGAAACGCGUUACUGUUUGGAGGUGAUCAAAGGCACUUGAAGCAGUUCACUGCAUUCAAAGCAAAUUGCAUAGUGGUUGCCUUAUCAUUUUUAUAGCCCCAUAACUUGAUAAACUAUUAUUUGACAUUUGUUUCAGAAAGCUGAUGAAGACAUUAACUGUUAACUGGGCUGUGAGUGUGAUGUUUUUUCUUAAAUGGCCCUUUGCUUAAACAUUUACAACACAAAAAUAACCGAGUUUAUCCUGGUGGCAGGUGUAAAUGUAUUCUGUUGUUUGGUUAUGCAGUAAUUAGUAUGAUAUUUAAAGUUUUUCUCAGAGUGAAUGUUUCUUGGUGUUUAAAUUUUAUUCUUUAAACAAUUGGUUAAUUUUUUUCUCUUCUAAAGCCCUGUUUUAUUUUUUCUUGAGCAUCGUUGUGGUCUAAAACACUCAGAUGAUAGCAUUAGGCCUUCUUUCCUUUUGAUAACUGCAAUUUGAUGUUGACCUCAGUGAUUUUGAAUAAACGUGUACAUGUUUAAAACACAUAUAUCUGAAUAAAUGGCAAAUGUAGUUAUCAAAAGGGUAAAAUGUUUAAUUAUGAGUACUUGGCACAUUUAAAUAAAUAAUAUCAAAGGUUUUAUAUAUUUCAUGAAUAAUGAAAUCCACAUUAUUGCCAUCUAACGCUUUAUCAUAUUUUUCACUUAUUUUCUUUUUUUUCCUAUUGUAAACUCCUCAGGUUGAUGUCGAGAUCUAAUGGUUUAUUCACUCUUAAAUUUAUCAGCCCAGAAUACACUGUAAAAAUCUAAAAAGAUAUUUGUCAUUUGCUCGCUUUUUUCAGUUACCGUAGCUGGUGUCAAAAUGUUGUUUUCUUUAAGAAACAAGACUGCAUGUUAUUUUGAGUGUUUUGUUACGCAUAGAUUAUUGAUCACUGAAUUACUUUGCCACCGCAUUUGUAUGGUUUACCUUUUUUUUUUUGGUUAUUUUAGUUUCUGAACAGCCACAGGGAAAUGGGUUUACAUUUUUAAGUCGGGACAGGGGAGGGAUGUUUCUUUUGGUGAGAAAUCAACCCCAUAAUUGCACUCAGAAAUAAAGUUUCCCACUCUCCCCAA